AUGCCUCCUCUUGUGCCACGCAAACGUUUGCGUGAGUCGCCGCCACCCGGGCAAGGCAGAGCAACAAAAGCAGCGAAAGAGAAGCCUGAUGCAUCGCGGCGCAAAGCAACACUCUACGACGACUUAGACGCAUCCGCGACACCUAAUUCAAAUUCCAUUCUCCAUGGUUUUGAUAACGAUGACGAUGAUGGAAGCUCUUUGACUUCCUUGUCUGAUGAUGAAUUUGAGGACGUUGUGCCACCAAAGAAACCGGGAGGUAACGAUGAUGAUUCUGGAGAUGAUGAGGAUAUCGAAUUUGAGGAUGUUGAAGCACCAGUUGCAAUUUUGCCGGACGCCCCAGUGACCUCCGGAGACCUUGAAUUGACACUCACGCGCGAUACACGGAUUUCACUCACAAACACAUUCGACAGGAAGGGACCCUCAAAACGUGAACGAAAGGUUCGACAUGCCUCGCACUGCGUUCAUGUCAUGCUCCUUAUGUGGCAUAAUGCUUCCCGAAAUUCAUGGCUUUGCGACCCUGAAGUGCAGGCAACUAUGAUUUCUCAUCUAACCCCUAGACUCUGGGAUGAGGUGGACCGAUGGAGGCGCAAUAGUGGCUUUGAAAUGAAGCCGGCACCUAAAAAGCAAACAAAGGAUAACAACAAAUCAAAAGGGAAGGGCAAAAAAGUACCCGAUAGAAAAUCGCGCGACUGGGGAGUUGAGGCCGAGAGAUUAGAGCCAGAUGCUGUCGACAUGAGUCAUGGAGAUCCCUUGUUUCGGCUCAUGCAAACACUCUCUGCUUGGUGGAAACAGCGGUUCCGAAUUACAGCACCGGGGCUUAGGAAAUGGGGAUACAUGUCUCUUGAACGGCUGGAUCGUCUGACAAAGGCACAAAAAACAGAACCCCAUGAUCCGGAGCAGUUCGGCGAGAAGAUCCCAAGUCUAGAAGGGUUGAGAUAUUGUGCCCGAAGCUGUGAGGGUAGCCGAGAUGUAGGUGCCCAACUGUUUACAGCUUUACUUCGCGGACUAGGUCUAGAAGCGCGCAUGGUUGCGAACCUGCCUUGUCUAGGGUUUGGGUGGAAUAAACUUGAAGAGGCCGAGCCGGAAAAGAGCGAAAGUACGAAACAGACAAAGUCAAUUCCAGAUAAGAAGACAAAAACAACGACUAAAACAGCGGCCGCCACAAAGAAGCAAUCCAAUAAAAAGACAACACAGGCUGACAAAAAGACAACACGAAAGGCAAAAUCAAAACCCGAGGUUGUAAGCGACUCGGAGGGUUUGAAGUUUGAAUACAAGGACACUGAUGACGAGUCGGUUGUGGAUAUGGAGGUCACGCCGAGAAAAACAUCAACCAAGAAGUUUGAUACGGAUAUGGAUUUCCCACAUUACUGGACCGAAGUCUUGUCACCAGUCACGAAUAAGUACCUGCCUGUCGAUGCGCUUGUCAAGAAUGUGGUCGGGACGAAUCGAGAUUUGAUAGAGUCUUUGGAACCUCGUGGGGCAAAAGCCGACAAGGCACGUCAAAUAAUGGCGUAUAUCAUUGGAUAUUCGCAAGACGGCACCGCCAAGGACGUCACAAUCAGGUAUCUGAAGCGGAGCAUGCUUCCUGGUCGUACAAAGGGAGUCAGAAUGAUGCCAGAAAAAGUUCCUGUCUACAACCGACACGGGAAGAUUAAGCGAUACGAUCAGUUCGACUGGUUUAAGACUGUAAUAUCAGGAUACCGACGAGGCAGUAGGAAGCAUCCCAUAACUGAGCUCGACGAAGCCGAAGAAGCGACGGAUUUGAAGCCUGCCAAACCAGAAAAGAAGGAGGUGAAGGAAGGCCAAGAGACUUUACAAUACUACAAGCAGUCAAAAGAGUUUGUCCUGGAGCGCCACUUGAAGCGCGAGGAGGCUCUUCAACCUGAAGCGAAACCCGCAAAGAUAUUCAAGAACAAGGGAAAGGGCGGCAAGGUGGAUGAAGAAAACGUUUUCCUACGUAGCGAUGUCCUGAACGUCAAGAGUGCCGAGACUUGGCACAAGCAGGGCCGGGCGCCAAAGCCUGGUGAGCAGCCAUUGAAGAGGGUUCCCUACCGCGCAGCUACCUUGAACCGCAAAAGAGAGAUCUUGGAAGCGGAAGCUGCUACAGGAGAAAAGGUUCUCCAGGGCCUCUACAGUUGGGAGCAAACAGACUGGAUCAUUCCACCACCGAUCAAGGACGGAGUCAUUCCCAAGAACGAAUACGGGAACAUUGACUUGUUUGCCGAACAUAUGUGUCCCAAGGGUGCUGUACAUGUGCCUUUUCGCGGGGCAAUACGAGUUUGCAAAAAGCUUCAAAUCGACUACGCAGAAGCUGUAGUUGACUUUGAAUUUGGCCAUCGCAUGGCUGUUCCCGUCAUCCAGGGCGUCGUCAUCGCCGAAGAGAACCAUGAUAUGGUGAUGGUUGAACUCGAAAAGGAUGAAGCAGAGCGCGCACGAAAAGAAGACGAGAAAAGACGAAAGAAGGCGCUUGCACAAUGGCGUCGUUUCCUUAUGGGUAUGCGCAUAGCGGAACGAAUUAGACAGGAGUACGGAGAGAUCACCGACGACAUAUCUGUGUUUGGGCAUGCCAGGAACUCUGCCCAUUUGAAGAAGCCAGCAUCGGUGCCGGAUGAAGAUAUGGCUGGUGGAUUCCUUCCGGAAGGCUACGAAGAAGUAGAGGAGGAUCAAGAAGCACCGGCGCACUAUACUUCGAGCUUCUUUCCUGCCAUCGACGAAGAUGACGAAGGUGACGAUGGACUCGUGAUGGAGCAUGGUGGGGUAGCUCAACAGGGAAUGACCUCCCCAAUGGACAUUGACAGUAAAGAAGCAGCUUCCCCGAAAUCACAGGAUGACGCAGGGCUGGACCCUGAAUCCAAGGCAAAGCCAGAGCCUGAAAUGGACCAAGACACGGAACAAGAAGAACCCAAUCAUGAAGCAAAAUCCGAGUCAGAGUCCGAACAGCCGCGCACGAGCGCAAGAUCAAGAAAAGGGGGCCCUAAAAAACGAAUAAAAAACGAACAGCAUGCACCUGUACAUGCGACCCGACGAUCGACACGAAGUGGUCGCAAGGUUGUCUCAUAUGAUGAGGAUGCUGUGGAUAAUGACAAUGAGAUAGCAGAUUCUAAUGCUGAAUCUGAGGAAGUCGAGUAG